GUGACCUGAUGGCCGCGUCGGGCCCCCGGGGCAGAGGGAAGGGGAGCAAGUCGGGCCUGACGCCCGGUCUGAACUCCGGGAGGAAGGGAGCGGGCCCCGACCCGCCCUGGCGUCCUCUGCCCCGCCCCCCACUGGUUUCCCGCCACGUUCGGGUCUAGGCGUUCCAGACCUGGAUGCAAACUCGGAAUUGUUUUCGCUGAAGAGCGUACCAGCGCAUUGGACAACCAAGUUCAGAAUCAAAAUUCAGUGGGUUCGUGACAUUCUGACAAACCAGGGCUCCCGCGGGAAGAACUCGCGGGCCCGGCACUGUUACUGCCCAUUCCGGCCCAAGUCGGGGGCCUGUGUUUUGUGCAUGAAUCUGGGUCAUUACAUACGUGGCUACCACUUGCGGAGUGCUUGUUCUGUGCUCUUACAUUGUCACACAUUUUCUUAUUUUAUUCUUUCAACAACCCCCGGAGGGGCGCCUUCCAGUCCCCGCUCAGGCUUCAGAAAAGAUGAAGUGGUUUGCUUUUUGUUACAGGAGUUCAGCCGGGCCCCAGGAAUAACAGGUAGGCCUUCCUUAAUCUCUCCCAAAUUGAGCGGGGACCAGUGCAGGCAGCCCUUUUCUUGUUGCUGCAGUAAAACGGGAGAACAGGACCCACUCCCACUCCCACUCCCGACCAUGGUUCGCAGAGUGUGGCUCCUAAGGAAGGCGCCGGUAUAUCAGCCCUUUGCUAUGCCCAGACCCUCCCCGGGCUAAGCUUUUCUUACCAAAACGAUGCUCCUGAUCAGACAGCAGCAGCAGUUUUCUGUUUUCCCUAAAUUACACUAAUUUACUUGGUCUUGUGGCUGGAGGCACUGUCUGAUGAGUCAGUGCAGCAAUUUCUUUUUAUAGAAGGUCCCGCAGGUGGCAGAACUUGACCUGAGCCGUGAAGGGAAAGACUGUGGGAAAGGCAAGUGGGCAUGACCGGGAAUACUGUGAGUUUGUGUUGUCUCAGAGUUUUCUGCUAAAAUUCAAGAGACUAUUUAUCAACUUGAUAAGUACAAGUACUAGAAAGACAGUGCCAAAGUAUACACUGAGUUAUCCUCCCAAUGAACAGUUGCGUUGAGAGCAUUGAAGAGAAACAGAAGAAAAGGGAGCUAUGAACUGCACAAUGGAGGCUAGAAACGAACUCUACACUCACCAUAGCACAAGAGUGAUGGCCAAGGUGUAGUUGGUAGCCAUCUUACAUGGGAUAGGACUUGGUCUCCCCACACUUCUGAACCCAUGAAGAGAAGAUGGGAAGCAAAACUGAAGCAAAUUGAAGAGCGAGCAUCCCAUUACGAAAGGAAGCCCUUAUCCUCAGUGUACAGGCCCAGGCUGUCAAAGCCAGAAGAGCCACCAUCUAUUUGGAAACUAUUUCCUCGCCAAACUCAGGCUUUUAAUUUUGUUAAAAGCUGCAAAGAGGAUGUCCAUGUAUUUGCUUUGGAAUGCGAAGUGGGCGAUGGACAACGUAUUUACCUUGUAACAAGCUACAUUCAGCUUUGGUUUCAUUAUAAAUCCCGAAAACAUCUCUUACACUGCUAUGAAGUCAUUCCUGAAAAUGCUGUUUGCAAGCUCUAUUUUGAUCUGGAAUUUAACAAACUUGCCAAUCCUGGAGCUGAUGGAAAAAAGAUGGUUGCAUUACUCAUUGAGCAUGUUUGUAAAGCACUUCAAGAGUUAUACAGAGCUAACUGUUCAGCUGAAGAUGUUUUAAACUUAGAUUCUAGCACUGAUGAGAAAUUUAGCCGCCAUUUAAUAUUUCAACUCCAUGAUGUGGCAUUUAAAGAUAACAUUCAUGUCGGUAAUUUUGUGAGAAAGAUUUUGCAGCCUGCUUUUCAUUUGAUUGCCAGUGGAGAUGAUGAAGAUGAUGGUGGGAUUCCAGGGACAACCGGCCAAGCAUUUUCCCAUUUUUCUGAACCACCAAUUAAACGGGGAAUUCCCUUCCGUGAAAUGUCCACAGAUGAGGAGAUAGGAGAGAGCUGGACGUUGACUACCAAGGCCCCGGAGAGGCUGGGGUCCGCCGAACGGAGCGGCCCUGACCUUUCCUUCUUAGUUGUGAAGGAUCCUGCAGGGAAAAAGCGUCUUUUUGUAGACCUAGGAGUUUAUACAAGAAAUAGGAACUUUCGGCUGUAUAAGUCAUCAAAAAAGGGGAAGCCUGUAGUGUUGGAAGUCGCCGAAGAUAACAGAUUCUCUCUUACACAGUCAAAGAAUACUUCUGAAGAGGAACAGUAUUUCCUCUCUUCUUUGGUCAGCAAUGUCAGAUUCUCAGAUACUUUGCGAGUACUUAGAUGUGAUGCAUCCGAGAAUAAACAAAAACAGGCUGGGCAUUUUAAUAAUACCAGCACUUCAGUAGAAAACAUUGAAGGUUUUCAGGCCACGCCCUACCCUGAAAUUGAUCAAUUUGUUCUUUCUUUGGUGAAUAAAAAUGGCAUUAAAGGAGGGAUUCGGCGUUGGAACUACUUUUUUCCAGAAGAAUUAUUGGUGUAUGACAUUUGUAAAUAUCGCUGGUGUGGAAACAUUGGAAGAGCCCACAAGAGUAAUAAUAUCAUGAUUUUGGUUGAUCUGAAAAAUGAAGUUUGGUAUCAAAAGUGUCAUGACCCCAUAUGUAAAGCGGAAAACUUCAAAUCUGACCGUUUUCCUUUACCUGCUGAAAUAUGCCUCCCGUUUCUUCUCAAAGAGGAAGAAGAGUUUGCAGCACAGGAAACCAUGAACGAUGGGACCCAGAGCCUUCAUGUGCCAUCAUCCAGCGCGUCGUCAGGAGGUGUGUGCUCUGACCCUGACUGGGACAGUGGCCCUGAUGAUACUUAUUUCUUGGAAGCUACCGAGGAUGCUGAAUUAGCAGAAGCUGCAGAGAACAGCCUUCCCAGUUAUAAUGGUGGAGUGGAUGAAAUUCCUGACGAAGUAAUUGUGGAAGUAUUACAGAAUAGCUAAUUAACUGUGCACUUAUAACCAGGUUGUAAUUUGCCUGAAGACAGAUUAAAUUACAGUAUCUUGUUAAAUGUUAAUAUCAGUUUUAUCAUUUUGCAUUCCAAUUCUUGAUUUUUACUGAAGUAAACCAGUUUCAUUGAAAA